AUGCCAGCAGAUGAGGUACAAGAAACUCAACAGGAAGAAGUUCAGAUACAACCAGACAUGGAAGAAAUAGUUCAGCAACAACAGCUAGAAGAGCCUGAAGGAAACGAACAAGUCCCUCCUUUGGAAACUAACUUCACAGAACUAGAUGAAGAUUUGGAACAGCCGAAAAAUCUUGACCCUCAACAAGAGUAUGAG